UGCCAUGUCUGUCAUUUUGCAUCUAGUUAUAUCUAUAUACAGUACAUGUGAUAUCUACCAUGUCUACCAUAUCUACCAUAACAUGCGGGCGUAGUUUGUAGGCUAUCGGCUACAACAUGUAUUAUUGGAGCUACCUAGCAUCGCGUUUGCUCGGCGUCACAACUUUUUUGUCUCCUUGGCUCUGCUCUGUCGUCUCGUCUGCAGCAGCGCCACCAUGUUGCCAUGGAGCCACAUGACAUUGGAGGGAGGGUACGGGGUCUGGCACAAAAGAAGAGCGAACCAGGGAAAGUGUGCAGGGAUGCAAACAGGAAAGUUUGACGCUUGGAUUAGUUGGAAGGUGAAGCCCACACAGUAUAAGCAAGAUACAUAUGAGCUCCACAAUGAACGUCACAAACAUGAAAAAUGGAGUGAACGUGUCUUCCAACGGGAGCAUGAGCAUGCUAACCAUACCCCAACCCCUUAACAACGCCAUCAACAUCUUCACCAUUAUCAUCCUCUUCAUCACCAUGAUAUCCCUCGGCUGCACUAUGGAGAUUUCCAAAAUCAAGAACCAUCUGCUCAGGCCAAAGGGAGUGGCCAUCGCCAUGGUGACCCAGUUCGGCAUCAUGCCGCUGACUGCCUUUGCGCUUGCCAAAUCACUGCAGAUGGAUUCUGUUAAGGCCGUGACCGUGCUCAUAUGUGGCUGCUGUCCUGGAGGAAACCUAUCAAACAUCUUCACCUUGGCCCUAAAAGGGGAUAUGAACCUCAGUAUUGUGAUGACCACGUGCUCCUGCGUUGCGGCACUGGGUUUGAUGCCCCUACUGCUUUUGAUCUACUGCCAAGGCUUCACCGGCCUGGAGAACGCAGUGCCCUACGUGGGCAUCCUCAGCGCUCUCGCCUUCACUCUGGUCCCCUGCGGCAUGGGCAUUGUGCUUAAUCACUACAAACCAAAUUAUACACCGAUGGUCCUAAAAUCUGGCCUGAGUAUCCUGAUCAUCUCCAGCAUCAUUGUGUUCUCCUUGUCUGGCGUGGCGGUCAAAGACAUGGUAUGGAUGAUCUUGACUGCUGAUGUUAUUGCCGUGGCGGCUCUGAUGCCCCUCAUUGGCUUUAUACUGGGAUACGUCAUGUCUGCCGUAUGCAGACUCAGCCCAAAAUGCAGCAGGACGGUCUCUGUGGAAACAGGGUGUCAGAACAUCCAGCUGUGUGUGACCAUCUUGAAGGUGGCCUUUCCCCCAGAGGUCAUCGGGCCAAUGUUCCUCUUCCCUCUGCUGUACUACACAUUCCAGUGUGCUGAGGCUCUUCUCCUGACCGUGUGCUUCAGAUGUUAUCAAAUGGCCAAGUCUCCAGCUGAGGAAACGACAAUAUACACGAACGUCAACGUAAAACAUGAGGAAGUGAAACCACCUCAAUGUCUGAGAAGCUCGGAGGAAAAUAAGCCAACAUGAUUACUUCAUGGACUUCACUUUGGAUGACACUGAAGUAAAUACUUUCCAGAUUCACCUGUCUUUAGUUGUAUUCCAAAAUAGAAUAUUCCUUUUCUCACACUUCUAUAUUAGGAAUACUUUUCAGUAUAAUGCAAUACAAUAUUAAGUCAGAACAAGCUACAGAUGGUUAAAAUAAGAGCACCUUUCUGUUAGCAUUACUCAAAAUUGAGCAUGGUCUUAUCGGUAGAAUCCUUUUUGUAUUAGCUGUAUUAGCCAAUUGUUGUGGUUUAUACUUGUACAGUUUUUUUUUUUAAAUAAAAAGAAAAUGGAAGAAUAACCCAACUAAUAUAUUGUUUCUUUAGAAGCAGCAAGACAUGAAAUGAGGUAAAUGCAAUUGGAACAUUAAUAUUUAAUCAAACAUGAUUGUGACAAAAUGCUACAUUGUUAUUUAAAUUAAAACUUUACAUACAUUAAAUUACAAUAUUUACAAAGCAACAAGUCAUGUACAGCGGUAUGAAAAAUGAAUUUCUCACAUUUCUGCAUAAAAUCACCAUCAAAUGUGAUCUUUGUCAAAAUCACACAGAUGAAAAUACAGUGUCUGCCUUAACUAAAACCACCCAAACAUUUAUAGGUUUUCAUAUUUUAAUGAGGAU